AUGGCAAACUACUCAGCAAAGGGAGCCUCUUCAAAUGGAUCUGUAUAUGUUUGUAAUUUGCCUCCUGGGACUGACGACGAAAUGUUAGCCGAGUUCUUUGGCACUAUUGGCUUGCUAAAGAAAGAUAAAAGAACAGGUCGACCAAAAAUAUGGUUAUAUCGCGACAAAAUAACAAACGAGCCUAAAGGAGAUGCUACAGUGACAUAUGAAGAUCCAUACGCUGCACAAGCUGCUGUAGAAUGGUUCAACAAUAAAGAAUUCCAUGGAAGCAUCAUUGAAGUUUUAAUGGCAGAAUCAAAAAAUUCCAAUAACCUAGUCACACCAGUUAUUGAACCAAGUUUGGUGGUUGGUGAUGUUAUUGGUCUGGAUGAAAGUGGUGGAGACAUGACUGAAGGUGGUGGAAGGGGUAGAGGUCGUGGUGGUGGUGGUGGUGAUGGUUCAAAUGCUCCGCCAAAGGCAUGGCAACAAGAUGGGGACUGGAUGUGUCCGAAUACAAGUUGUUCGAAUGUGAACUUUGCAUUUCGUGGUGUAUGCAACCGUUGUGGUAGUGCAAGACCCGCCGGAGCUUCAGGCGGCGGUGGAGGGGCGGCAGGCCGGGGCAGGGGCCGUGGUGGUCCUGAAGCAGGUGGUGGUCGUGGUGUUGGUGGUCCCACCGGUCUUUUUGGUCCUAAUGACUGGCCUUGUCCAAUGUGUGGUAACAUCAACUGGGCAAAGCGUUUGAAAUGCAACAUCUGCAACACAAACAAACCCGGUGUUAGUGAAGGGGGUGUGAGAGGAGGACGUGCUGGUGGGUACAAAGAACUUGAUGAAGAAGAGCUAGAAGAAACAAAAAGGCGCAGGAGGGAAGCCGAAGAAGAUGAUGGUGAGAUGUAUGAUGAAUUUGGAAACCUGAAGAAGAAAUUUCGUGUGAAAGCACAUCAAGCUGAAGUUGGUCAGGUGCUGCCUGGAACUGGACGUGCAGGGUGGGAGGUUGAGGAGCUAGGAAUGAGUGAUAGAGAAAAGAGAGAAAGAAGCAGAGAUAGAGGAAGGGAGAGGGAAAGGGAAAGGGAGGAAAGUAUUAGGAGAAGGAGCAGAAGCCGAGAGAGGGAUAGGGGAAGGGAAAGGGAAAGGGAAAGAGAUUAUGAUAGAGACAGAGAAUACAGUCAAAGGGACCAACGUCACAGGUAUCAUCAUUGAUUAUUAAUGUAAGUUUGUUUGUGUUUUUUAAGGUUGUUGGGAUAAUGUUAACUACACUCUUGUAUCCUGCUACUCCUUCAUUGGACAAUGUCGAUUGGAUUGUUUUUAGCAAACGGUUAUGACUUGAAUCCUUUUGUGUUAAAUUGCUAUUCUGAAUCCUUAUUUGUUUAUGGG